AUGGCUAAAAGACAAUUAGGUUUAUCCAAAGCCCAUAAGAACAAGAAGGCUAAGAAAGAAGAAACACCAGUUGAAGAGCCCAAAGAUGGAGGUAUGGUUAUCGAAUUACCUAAGGACAUCGAUCCCUCAAAUGAGAUCGAUUCUAUCAAAGGUUUAUGGGAAACUUAUAAGAAAGAUAUGAAUGAAUUGGUUUUGAACGGUAUAAUUCAUGAAUGUGAUAGAAUGUUAAGAAAUGGGGAAACCGUCAAUGAUUUAUUUUAUAGCUAUUAUGGAUUAAGUAUUGCAGAAUUAUCUAAAUAUCAAGAAGAAGAGAAAGUCUUUGAAGAAGCUCUUGAUAGAAUCGACACUGGUAUUGAAAAAUUUCCUGAAUCAAUCAACCUUUAUUUCGUCAAAGCUAAAGUUACAAUUAUGAAAUAUCUUAAUGAAGGUGAUUUCAAAGAUGAUGUAUUAAGUAUUUAUGAAAAGGCUGAAAAACAUAGUGAAGAUACUAAGAAUUUCGACUACUUUAAUGACGAUAAUUAUGAAUUCUUGGAGAUAUUGAAUCAUUAUGUAGGUGAAGAAGAAGAAAAUGCUGAAGAGGAUGAAGAAGAUGAGACUUUACAAAAAUACAAAGAUUGGUUACUCAAGCAUACUGAAGUAUUUAUCAAACGUUGUAAUGAAGACAUGAAGAAGAAAGUAUACAAACAUUUGGGAAAUUUAUAUUUACAAUCAUCAGAAGAACCAUCAACAAUCUAUACUACUUUAGAGUAUGAAGAUCAUCCUGAACCAACUAUCAAUGGUAAGGACAAAGAUCAAGCACAAAAAGAAGCCUUGGAUUUAUUAAAUAAGGCUGUGAGUUAUUUCAGGAAAAGUUGGGACGAUGAAGAUGUCGAAACUUGGGUAGGUGUAGGAGAAGCUUUAAUUAGUUUGGGUAAUGUAGAUAAUGAUAAUCAAGAAAAAUGGUACCAAGAAGCGGAAGAAAUCCUUACUAAAGCCAAUAAUGUCACCAAUGGUAAAUAUAAAGAUAUCUUGAAUCAAUUAAAAGAAGAUUAA